AUGGAUGGGCUGAGUGACCAGCCAUUCUACCGAGCCUCACCUUCGCUGUCACAAAGCGAAAGUAAAGAAUUUGUCGCGACUAUAUGGGAGCCUUCCAAAGCAUUCAAUAGAUUUGAAAUUUCAAGCUACUUUAAGUUUAUGGAAACAGAGCAAAAAAGAGAAUCUAGAGUCAACAAUCCGGUAUACUCCCAGCUUCGCUUCAAAGAUAUCUUCGAUAUUCGCCGUGUUAUCUAUGAAAAUCACAAUAAAUCAGCGCCAGAGCUACAAGCCUUGGUCCAAAACAGAUUACUCUCGCUCAAUUUACAGCCAGAGGUGCUCCAGGAUAUAAUCAUUCUGGUUAUUAGGUUAAUAUUCAUGGUGAGGGUCGAGUUCCCCAACCCUUACUCGCAUCCUUCACCAUUCCAACUGCAGAUGCAAGUCACUCAAAGCUUUCAAGAGACGCUUAAUAAACUACAAAAUGGGCCGCCGUCGAGAGAGUGGAGCAUGCAACAUGAGUUACCGUUAUGGUUUAAUGUUAUUGAUCUGGAAAGAAAGGCCAACCUGAGAAUUGGUUGGACUGACUAUCUCAAUGAACAUCUGACGUACCAGAGCGGAACUCUCAUGCUGUUUCGGCACAUCAAAGUUCUAGAGUAUAUGGAGAGAUCAGAAAUCCUUGCUGGUAAUUUCUUCAAAUUGGAAUUUCUAGCAGAGACACGGCGAUCAAUUAUGUUAUUUUUCCCAUUAAGCGAAUACAAAUACAUUACGCAGGAUUAUCUUGACUGGUUUCAAAGCCGCGGGCCUAUUGAGGAAUGGCAAAGAUUACUGGUCGGACACGACCCAAACUCUUCCAUUAGUCGGUUCUAUGAAGACUUUCCCAUCUGGCAUAGCAAGCUCUUAUAUCUUUGCAACAUUUCAAACAAUCAAGGAAACUGGGAUCUUAAAAGAUGCUGGUAUGAUGAUCGCGAUCAGGGUUUGUGGUGGACUAGGUGGACUCUAAUUACGGCCAUAUUCCUGGCUAUUCUAUUCGGGUUGAUACAGUCAAUUACGGGUAUUAUUCAGGUAGUUUAUGCAGGGCGCUCUUGA